UAUCACCCAACUGAUUCCUUUUAAUAUAUAAAAUAUGUUGGUUGUAGCAGUUGUAAUAGAGAAGGUAUGCCAUUUUAAAAUAUUAUACUCAAAUUUAACCUUGAAAAAAUGUCUUAGUGAACGGUAGCAACUCAAAACGCUGAAAAAAAUUACAUUUUCUGUUUCGAGGUCAUUUUUGUGACAGAGAAAUCAAACAAAUUAUGAAAAUAGUAGGAUUUAAUGAUGCACAGCCCGUUUUAUGACAACAAUAAUGAUAUAGUCUAGUUAUAUCAGGAUGUUUUUUUUUUUAUCUGUUUAGCUUGAGCUAAAAUAUCUUCUCAUUUGAAUAGAUGUCUAUUUUUAACAUGUAUGUGAAAUAACCUUUUUUCCAAACAUAUUGACUGCUGGCCACUAGCUUUAGUAAUUUUUAUAGAAACAUCCAUUGACUAGACUAUUUGGUUAAUAUUUAAGCUUUUUCAUCUGUAGCUUGUGUAGAGUCACAGAAACAAAUGGAGACUUUGAAAAAUAAAUCACAGAAUCAACAAGCAGAGUCCAUUUUUAGUUUGACAUAAUAUAAAACGGCAAGCUCAAAUGGGGCUCUGUAACCUACUUGGUGUCUAUUUUGGGGCCACAUAACUGACCAUAAUGGAUAACUGACCCCAGAGCAUGUAUAAGUUAUGUAUUUGGGUCACAGCAUUCCCUUAGUCCACCCAUCUGGGACCAUGUCAUAUGACACCGAACUCGUGAUCUAACACAUCACUGCUUGCCAACAUCAUGCAGGCUGAGCUGGUUCAACCUCUAAGGAAUGUGUUUGUUCACGUCGGCUGUACUUUGCCCUUCCCCUUGCUGGAAGCAAUUAUGAGCUAUCUCAACGAGUUUCAGGAAAACAACACAUAAAAGAAGAACUAGGCCUAGCCCAUACACUGUACGUACAAUCUAGCAGCCUACUUUUGUAAUUAUCUGUUCACACAUAAAAUAACGUAUUCAGCAGUUAAAUCUGAUAUUGGUGAAAGGUCUUCAUUGUGAUUGUGAAACUUAUCAGUGUUGCACUUUGAUCAGGUAUGCUCUGAUUUCCUGGAUAGGACGACUGGAAUAUUCUGGUUGGGUCCAGAUAAGCAGGUUUCGCAACAAACAUGUCACAAGUGAUGGAGGAAAUGGACUGCAGUUGAUUUAAUUGAUGUACCUAAAGUAAGGCUAAAGAGACAUAGAUAAUUCAUAUAUUUAUGUACGGUUUUGUUUAUUUCUCUUAUUUUUAGAAUGGAGCUUGUGAAACACUCUGGUGGAUGCCACUGUGGAGCUGUUAGAUUUGAAGUCUGGAGUUCCCCUGACCUUCAUGUAUUUCACUGCAAUUGUAGUGUCUGCACGAAAAAACAAAACCACCAUUUCAUCGUACCGAAGAGUCGCUUUACUCUCUUACAGGGAGUUGACAAUCUGACGACCUAUACCUUCCAGACCCAUGUUGCUAAACACACCUUCUGUAAAACCUGUGGAGUUCAAAGUUUCUACACACCACGAUCCAAUCCCGAUGGAUAUGGCGUUGCUCCACACUGUCUGGAUCCAGGAACUGUGCGCAGCAUCAUUGUGGAGACGUUUUGCGGGGAGAAGUGGGAAGAAAGCAUGCAAGCUCACAAGAGCAUCAAAGACAUGUCUAAACCUGAAGGGGACAUGCUGUAAAAAUAACUGCUGCUACACAACUUUGAAAACCACUUUUUUUAAUAAACAUUGUGCAAAAUCGGAA